AAGGAUGGACAGGGCAUCCACAGCCUCUCUGGGCAGCUGUUCCAGCACCUCACCGCUCUCAUAGCAAAGAACCAACAACGUGAGGUGAGUUUGGCUUGGUUGCAGAGCCAGAUGGGAAUCCAGGAGGAUCCUUGCAUGCAGCCAUGCUGCUUUGCUUCUCCUCUUCAUCCCUCCAAGCCUUUGGAAUGGGGUUCCCCAAGGCAGAGCACCCUUUUGCUGGCUCCAUCCCACCCUACAGCACUGGGAGCCCGAUGUGAGCAUCGCUGCCUCUUCCAGUCCUUCUGGGUCAGUUCUGAAAUAGAGAACAGCCCUUCACCCCCAGUUCACUUAGUCCUUUUCAAAGCACUGUGGUUUUUUGUUCCGUUUCCUUUAAAUAAUGUUCCACAAAGUUGAAACCGUAGGGCUGGUGCUUUUUUUUUUUUUUUUUAACCCAAAAUGAGAAAACUGAAAGAUGAACACGCUACGUUGUGGUUUGGAUGGCAGAGUUGAGCAGAUUUCUGUGCUGGAGACUGCAGGGCUCUCCAGCCAAGUGGUCGUGGAUGGAGAACACGGUGGGUGGUGGCAGAGCUGGGUUGGUCCAUGCAGGUAUUCAGGGGAUGAUCUUUGCAUUGUGCCAUAGGGCUGCGUCAGCUCCAAUCUCCACCACUGCACUUCCGGCACUGCCUUAAUUUUUGGGCAAGUCUCUCUGUAGGUACAAUAGCUCGAAACAGUUUUGUUCCCUGGAGAGAGAGGCUUUGAGGUUUGAACAUUUAUAAAACGCUUUGAGAUCUGUAGAUAAAGGAGAACCAGACAAUAAGCAGCAAACGGAGCCGGAGCCGUGCCAGACAAAUCCCCCAUAUCACCACAACAGAGCCGGGCAGGAUGGGGUGGGGAUGGCUUUUGUUAGAGGGCAAACAGCCUUUCCAAAGCUGCCAUGUGGACGUGAUCGGAGGGGUGCAGCCAAGCCCUGACCUUGGCCAUUCACAGUGCUGGUGCCAAGGGGAUCAGAGCUGUGGCUAAGGGCGCUUUCAGCUUUUCCCUGCAUUUCUCAUUGCCUGGGAUGCUCUCUGCCUGUUUUGCUCCAUGCUCUCAACUCCCCAGGCAGGGCAUCAUAAAACCCCCCCCCGGUAAACUUAAUCCACGCCAUAAACCUCGUUAACUUUCUUUUAAGUGCCUCUGCCUGUCCUUAGAGUGAACUCUGCCGUCCCCAAACAAAGGCAGCGGCGGUGGGCAGGGACGGGGCGGCCGGAGGAGGAGCGCAGGGAUGGGACACUGAGCUCAGGACUGCAGCUGUGUUGUGGACAUGGCAGCACUGCACGGACUGCACAGGGGUUUGGAUGAAAGACCGGGAUCAGGUUCCUGGGGAACGGGAGAUCAAAACAGCUCCACGUUUGACCAAGGAAGGCAGAGCUAUGGUGAAGGCCCCCACUAUGGUGAGCACCGGGACCUGCCGUCGCACAACAGCUUGUCUUCAUCUCCAUUCCUGGGACCUGGACUAGUGGGGAAGAGCGGUGAAAGAGCCUCGUACUCCACUUUUGGAAGAGACGCCGGGAUGCCAGGGCUGAGCCAGACUGGUUUCCUGCCCAGCGAAAUGGGAAUCGCCAGUCCGAGCACGCUUUCCCCCACUGGAGUGAAGGGGGGGUCUCAGUAUUUUUCUUACCCCAACAAUCCUCGCAGGAGAGGUGCUGAGAGCAUCAUAGCAGAUGGACAGCCCAAAAAGGUUCGGAAGGUGCCUCCUGGACUCCCCUCCUCGGUGUAUCCAUCCAACUCAGGUGAUGACUACAGCAGGGAUCCGGCUGGAUAUACCCCCUCGAAACCUCCCAGCACUGUGUACCCCGGAGCCUUCUAUAUGGCAGACGGGCUCCACAACUCGCCAGACCUGUGGAGCUCCCCCAGUGCCAUGAGCCAGUCCAGCUACGGGGCCAUGCUGGGCAGUUCCUCCUCCCCUCUCCCGCAGUCCGCCAGCUUCAACAGUUUACAUCAGCACGAACGCAUGAACUACCAGCUGCAUUCAGGAGAGGUGAAUGGCGGGCUGCCCUCCGUGUCAGGCUUCUCCUCUGCCUCCACCCCAUACGGCGUCUCCAGCCACACGCCGCCGAUCAGUGGGACCGACACCAUGAUGGGUAACAGAGGAACCACGGCUGGGAGCUCGGGAGACGCUCUUGGGAAGGCACUAGCUUCAAUUUAUUCCCCAGAUCACUCUAGCAAUAACUUCUCAUCAAACCCCUCCACACCGGUCGGCUCCCCACAGGGCCUUGCAGGCACAUCCCAGUGGUCUCGAGCGGGCGGACAGGGUGCCUUAUCUCCCAGCUACGAAGGGAGCCUCCACACUUUACAAAACAAAAUGGAAGACAGGUUGGAUGAAGCCAUCCACGUGCUGAGGAAUCAUGCCGUGGGCCAGACGGCCGCCAUGCCAAGCAACCACGGGGACAUGCAUGGACUGCUGGGCUCUGCACCCGCACACAGUGCUGCUGUGGGCAGCCUGGGCCAGGCCUUCCCUGCCUCUGUCAUGUCCCUGGGGGGUCGACACCCCAGCCUGGUGGGAGGAGGUCACCCUGAAGACGGGCUGUCCAGCACCCCCAGCAUGCUCCACAACCAUGUCACACUUCCAUCACAGCCCAGCUCACUCCCCGACCUCAACAGGCAGCAGGACACGUACAGUGGUUUGUCAGGGGGGCUGGGGCGAAGCAGCGUCUCCUCAGGAACCAACGAGAUAAAGAGGGAAGAGAAGGAGGAUGAGGAGAACACAUCAGUGGCAGAUAACUCUGAAGAGGAGAAGAAGGAGCUGAAACCCUCACGGAAUAGAACAAGUCAAGAUGAGGAUGAGGAGGACGAUCUUCUUCCCCCAGAGCAAAAAGCCGAGAGAGAGAGAGAAAGGAGGGUCGCCAAUAAUGCCCGUGAGCGCCUGCGGGUCCGGGACAUCAACGAGGCCUUUAAAGAGCUCGGACGCAUGUGCCAACUCCACCUAAACAGCGAAAAACCACAGACCAAACUGCUAAUCCUCCACCAGGCCGUAUCAGUCAUACUGAACCUGGAGCAACAAGUUAGAGAGCGCAAUCUGAACCCCAAAGCAGCUUGCUUGAAGCGUCGGGAAGAGGAGAAAGUGUCCGGAGUGGUGGGAGACCCCCAGAUGACACUUUCAGCUUCUCAUCCUGGUCUUGGAGACGGUCACAACCCCGUUGGACACAUGUAAAGAUCCUUUUGUUCGUCUGGACACAGAGAUCCGUAGGAUGCAAAUCCUAGCUGUGAUCUGCGACCUUCCCGAACCAUAAACUUUAGUCCUGCUCAUACUGACACACGUGGACGGAUCCUGGCGUGACGUAAGGGGUGGAAAAAACACUUUGUCUGAAACGAAAACAAACAAACAAAAAAAUUGCCUUAAGUAUAAAGCGCGGAACAGUCAAUACAUAUCACUCAGUUAGGAGGGGGUGGCGUGUUCUCUUGGCUUGUUCACAAGCAGCCAGCAGCAAAAUUGUGCCUAAGCUUCAUAUUUCUCUCUCUCUCUCUCUCUUUUUUUUUUUUUUUUUU